CAGACAGCGCCGGCCUGCAUUAAAACAUCUAUACCCUGAAACAGAGAGCACACCCACAGUAUCUGACGUCAUGGCUGAAGCAGAUCACUUCACCAAAAACAAAUCAUUGAUUAUAAAGGCCAUCGAUAGAUACAAGGAACUCAGCAAAUCAGACGCGUAUCAGAAGAUGUUCAAUGAGAAGGCUGACCCUACCAAACCCGAUGUUGUCAGGGCAAUGUCAGAUAUUCAUGUUCAUUUUACGAAACAGGCACUGAAGGAUGCCGGGGUCGAGACGAGUCAAAUUCCAGACGAUGCGAUGAUAGAAAGUGUCGCAGUCAUCAAUUUCGCAGAUGACCCUGAGGUUGUUGGCAAGCUCAAGGGUAUACUCGAAGUGCCGGAAAGAAUGCUACCAAAUCGCAAACCCAGGGUCGCACUCGGAGAUAAAGUACCGGAAGAUGUGGAGUUAGUUUCCAUGGAAACGGGAAAACGUAUCCCCGUGGUUGAUUUAAUUAUCAACAAAGAUCGACCACUUUUAAUUAUUGCCUCAUCAUUGAGCUGACCCCCGCUAUCGGGCAUUGUACACGGUGGUGCACUACACGCCCUCUACAUGGACUAUAAAGAUAAGGCGGAUAUCAUUUUGGUUUAUAUCUUGGAAGCACACUCAACUGAGGGCUGGAAGAUGGGCACUACGUUCAGUGACGCUAAACAACCAAUCACGAUUGAGGAAAGAAUAGACAGGGCCAGAGAUUUGCUGUACAUCAUUCCUGAUACAGUGACCUCUGACCCCUACGAUACAAGCAAAGUUCGUGUUGUUGUUGACGACAUGGACAACAAAUUUGACGAGACGUUCUGGUGUUGGCCAGAUAGAUCUCUGGCAAUUAAAGAUGGUCAGCUUGCCUUCACUGGUCGCAACAUUGUUCAACAGAUGAAAACACCUGAUAAACUCCUGACAACUGAUCUUCGUGAGUGGAUGGAAGCACAGAACGAAUAAAAUUAAUCUGGUGUAAAUCUAUACAUAGUAAGACACCGUUUUUGUAGGUCUAGUAAGUUCGCUGGUGCCAUUUUGAAUUCAUAUUGUCACUAAACUGGUUAUCAUUGAUCUGCCCGCUUUUGGUAAAAUUGUGUUGAAAACGUUUCAUUUUUUGUUUCUUAAAACAAUUAUUCAGAGUACUCACAUAUUUGUCAUCGUGUGCAUGCAUUGUAUCAUUCCGAAUCUGUGUAAUUCCAUGAUUUAAGUUGGUCCAAGAUGAGAUUAAGAUAAAAUUGUACGCAUGACAUUUUUUUUACAGCAAAAGACAACUUAAGCAAAAUGCAACUUUGAUUUAAUAUAACCAAUCAGUAGUUGUUGGUGUAUAUCAUUACUUUAUCAAAAUGCCGAGCACCAGUGAAAAAAUGUAAUAUUUGAAUUUUUAUGUACAUCAGCAAGACAAUCACUAUAAAGACAGUUUUAACACUAGUGUGUACAACCAUAUAUGCAAGGAAUUUGUACCUACAUACGUCUAUGCAGUAUAGUCAU